AUGGUAAAUGAAGGAAAAGAAGACAGUAUAAGUAAGCAAUAUGUUCUUGAUUAUAUUAAUAAUCAUAAGUUAAAUUUACGAGAAAUUCAUCAUUGGCUUUUAAAUAAUCCAAAUGAUUCAAAUUCUAUUUAUUUACUUGGAUAUUUUAGUUAUCAUGGAAUUGGAACUGAUAUUAGCAAACACAAAGCACUUGUACUUUAUCAAAAAGCAGCAGGAUUAGAAAAUAAUGUAGCUCAGUAUAAUCUUGCUAAAAUGUAUUUGAAUGGAGAUGGUGUCGAAAUAAAUCAUGUAAAGGUUUUUGAUUUAUGUAAAAAAUUAGCAGAAAAAGAAUAUUUGGCAGGAAUGAAUAGAUUAGGAUAUUGUUACGAGUGUGGAAUUGGAACUGAUAUUGAUACGCAGAAAGCAUUUGAAUUAUAUCAAAAGGGUGCGAAUUUAGGGAAUUGUAAAUCUCAAUAUAAUGUUGCUUUGAUGUAUGAAUUUGGAAAAGGGAUUGGAAAAGAUUUAUAUUUGGCAAAAUAUUGGUAUAAAAAAUCUGCUGAUCAAGGAGAUAAUUAUUCUAAAAAGAGAUUAAUACUUUUGAUUGGAAUGUUGGGAUAUUGUUAUGAUUGUGGAAUUGGAACUAAUGUUAAUAAGAAAAAAGCAUUUGAAUCAUAUCAAAAAGCUGCGAAAUCUGGAAAUAUUGUAGCACAAUAUAAUAUUGCUUUGAUGUAUGAAUUUGGAAAAGGAAUCGAAAAAGAUAUGAGUCAAGCAAUUUAUUGGUACAAAAAAUCUGCUGAACAAGGAGAUAAAUAUUCAAAAAUUAAACUAAAAUCUCUUUCAAAUGUAUUAAAUUAA